AUGUCAGCACUUUCAGACCAUAGUGACACCGAAACAGAGGUUGUAUCAAGAAAUCUGAUAGGUGUUGUAGACAUUGGCUCUAAUGGUAUACGUUUUAGUAUAUCAUCGAAAGCUGAACACCAUGCUAGAAUCAUGCCUUGUGUUUUUAAAGAUAGAAUUGGCAUAUCAUUAUUCGAUGUUCAAUAUUCCGCAAUCACCUCUUUAAAAAAAGAACCUAUUCCAGAAGAAGUCAUUACUGAGGUAUGCAACGCAAUGAAAAGAUUUAAACUAAUAUGUGAAGAUUUUGGUGUCCCUGAAACAAGUGUUCGCAUGGUAGCUACAGAAGCCACAAGAGAAGCUAUUAAUUCAAAUGAAUUUAUUGAAGCAAUUUACAAUUCAACCGGAUGGGAUGUUGAAAUAUUAGCUAGAAAUGAAGAGGGUAAAACAGGUGUGUAUGGUGUAGUAUCUUCGUUUAAUAAAAUCAGUGGCCUGUAUAUGGAUCUAGGAGGUGGAAGCACCCAAAUUUCAUGGAUUAAAUCCUUAAAUGGUGAAAUUAGACAAUCAUCUACACCUGUUUCAUUACCGUAUGGUACUGGUGCAUUAACUAAAAGGUUAAAUAAUGAAGAUAAAAAGACAUUGUUUGAGGAAAUUCGAGAAGCUUACAAAAAUGCUAUUCAACAAAUUGAUGUUCCCCAAGAUAUGAUUGAAGAAGCAAAAAAAAAAGGUGGGUUUGAUUUGUUUACUUGUGGUGGAGGCCUUAGAGGUAUGGGGCAUUUACUACUUUCACAAAAUAUAGAUUAUCCAAUUCAAACAAUAAUUAGUGGUUCCUGUUGUUCCUAUGAAGAAUUCUCUUCGUUAUGUGAUUACUUAUUAUUAAAGGGAACAGUUCCAUAUGGUAAAGAUCGCAAAAUAUUUAAGGUUUCUGAAAGGAGGAAGAUUCAAUUACCAGCCGUUGGUUUAUUAAUGAGUGCUGCCUUCCAAUCAUUACCACCUAUCAAAACAAUAUAUUUCAGCGAAGGUGGUGUAAGAGAGGGUACUCUUUACUCUAUUCUACCAAGGGAGAUACGUUGUCAAGAUCCCUUAAUUAUUUCGACAAGGCCAUAUGCUCCUCUAUUGGCAUCAAAAUAUUUACAAUUAUUAAGAACAGCUAUUCCAGCUCAUAAUAUUCCGGAUAUUGUUUAUAAAAGAAUAGCACCAGCUUUAUGCAAUUUAGCAUUUGUACAUUCCUCAUAUCCAAAAGAACUGCAACCAACAGCAGCUUUACACAUAGCAACCACAGGCAUUAUAGCAGGUUGCCAUGGCUUAUCGCAUAGAGCUAGGGCUUUAAUUGGUAUAGCCUUAUGUAAUAGAUGGGGUGGUGAUAUUCCAGAAGUAGAAGAAAAAUACAUGAAAUCUCUUGAAGAGGUGGUUCUACGGGAUACAAAUAAACAACAACGUAAGAGGAUAAUAUUAUGGACUAAAUAUAUCGGUGCUAUAAUGUUUGUUAUAUGUGGCGUUCACCCAGGUGGUAAUAUCAGAGACGGCUUUUUAAAUUUCAAAAUCUCAGAAAGAGAGAAAGUUGAAGAUGUUAAAGAAAAAGUGAAAAGCCUAUCAAUUGAUGAAAAAUUGAACACCGAUUCUCAACAGAAUGAAUCAUCCAUAGAUAAUACUAAUAAACCAAAUAAGUAUACAACUAUUGAGUAUGAAGUCAUUGUUGAAACUUCUAAAGAUGAUUUGAAAACGAGUGCAUCUGUUCGUUCAAGAAUAAUAACCUUACAAAAGAAAAUAAGAAAACUGUAUAAAGGAAGUUCAGAGAAGGUUAGAAUUGCAGUACAAUUCCGUGAUGACCAUUCUUAA